CAUAAUCAUAAUAUAUAUAUUGAAGAACCACACAAGACCACACAACCAUCACAUUAUUAUUCUAUAUUCUAUAUAAAGCUAAGAGAAUAAAACAUUGGCUCUUAGAUCAAAGCAAGCAUUGCUAGCUAAUAUCUCUAUUCAUUCACAAUGGCCUUCAAGAUUUAUUUCAUAAUUCUUUCUAUAGCAACUUUAGCAUUAUGCAUUUCAGCAGAGUACAAUUCAGUUAAUUUUAGUUAUAUUGGUCCAAACGGACCUGAUAAGUGGGGAAACUUGAGUCCGAACUACGCAGCAUGCUCAAAUGGGAAAAUUCAGAGUCCUGUGAAUCUUGCAUCCACAGAUAUUGUACUCAACAAUGGAUUGAAAUCUUUAGACAGAAACUAUGUUCCAACAAAUGCAACACUAGUUAACAACCAAAUCAACAUUGGGGUGCAUUUUGAAGGAAAAGUGGGAGAUAUUAAUAUAAAUGGAAAGAAUUACUCAUUGAAACAACUUCAUUGGCAUGUUCCUGCAGAGCACUGGGCUCAUGGACGUAGACAUGAGGCAGAGCUCCACCUAGUUCACCUCACAGAAGAUAACACUGGCAUAGCAGUUAUAGCAGCCCUCUACAAUUUGGGUGAUCCUGAUCCUAUAAUCUCCAAGAUUGAAGACAAUUUGAAUGGUCUAUACUUUCAGAACCGUGAAGGCAUUAAAAAUGGUAAAAUUGCUCUUGGCACUUUUGAUGUAGAGGAAUUAAAUAAAAGAAUACAUAGGUAUUAUAGAUAUGUUGGCUCUCUCACUACUCCUCCAUGCACAGAAGGUGUCAUUUGGAACAUAAUUGGAAAGGUGAGGACACUCUCCAAAGAACAACUUAAACUUCUAAAGGCACCAUUGGGUUUAGAGUUCCAGCACAACGCAAGGCCACUUCAGCCAUUGAAUGGUCGCAAAAUUGAGAAGUACUAUUGCCACCACAACAAGAGGCAGGGGACUAAAACAUCAUCAACCAAAUAUCAUUAACAAAUUUUCUGAUUAUGUACUACUACCACCCCAAAUAGUAAUAGUAAUAAAUCUAGUAUAUAUAUUCCUAAGCUAAUACUCUCUUCUGUCUCAAUAUUAAAUUUCAAAUUUUUAAAUUUGGUUUCUCUCAAAGUAUUUGUCAUUUUAUAAUAUCAAUAAAAUUAUUAAUUACUUU